AGAGAACCCCACCAUUCAGAAAGUCUCACCAUUCGCUCUGGAAAGGCUCUAAGAACGCUCUCAAGACGCUCAACGAUUUCGAAAUCCUUCAAUCAUCUCUCUCCCUCUGUUCUCUAUUAUACUGUUUUUAUUUUUUUCUUUCUUGUUUUCUAUAAUCUGGUUCUGUAUUUUGCAGGGCCCGUUCUUUGCCUUUUCUUAUUCUCCGUCUUGCAGGUGAUUUCCUUCUUUUCUUUUUCUUUUCUGGUUUUUCUUUUGCUUUUGCAACACAAAUGGAUGCAGGUUCUUUUAUUUCUCCGAGCAAGUCUCAAUCUAGAAAUCCUCUUAAAGAGCAGAUUCUUCAAAAGAGAAACUCGACUGAAAAUUUGGACAGGUUUAUCCCUAAUCGAUCUGCAAUAGACUUCGACUUCGCUCAUUACAUGCUGACAGAGGGAAGGAAGGGAAAAGAAAGCCCAGCUGCGAGUUCUCCGGCAAAAGAGGCUUACAGGAAGCAACUGGCAGAGAUUUUCAACAUGAACAGGACCAGGAUUCUUGCUUUCAAGAACAAGCCACCCGCCCCAGUCGAGCUGAUGCCUCAUGAAAUGUCGUCCGCUCUUCACCAAUCAAAACCCACCAAGCCUCGAAGACACAUUCCCCAAACCUCAGAGAAGACAUUGGAUGCCCCUGAUAUUUUGGACGAUUUCUACUUGAAUUUACUGGAUUGGGGUAGCAACAACAUUCUAUCAAUUGCUCUUGGCAACACCGUAUAUUUGUGGGAUGCUACGGACGGAUCUACUACUGAACUUAUGACAAUUGAUGACGAUAAUGGUCCGGUUACAAGUGUUCGAUGGGCUCCAGAUGGACAACAUAUUUCCAUUGGCCUGAACAAUUCUGAUGUUCAGCUUUGGGACACUACAGUUAAUAGAAAGCUGAGAACUCUACAAGGCGGACACCGAUCUAGAGUGGGCUCACUGGACUGGAACAAUCACAUUCUGACAACCGGGGGAAUGGAUGGUCUGAUCAUCAACAAUGAUGUGAGAAUAAGACCUCACAUUGUUGAAACUUACAGAGGACACCAGAGAGAGGUCUGCGGGCUAAAAUGGUCAGCCUCAGGCCAACAGCUAGCAAGUGGAGGAAAUGAUAAUCUGCUCUACAUAUGGGACCGAUCAGUGGCCUCUUCAAACUCUUCUACCCGGUGGCUACAUAGACUUGAAGACCACACUGCUGCUGUGAAAGCGCUUGCCUGGUGUCCUUUUCAGGGUAAUUUGCUUGCUUCCGGUGGAGGCGGAGGAGACCGAUGCAUAAAGUUCUGGAACACCCACACAGGUGCAUGUCUGAACUCAGUGGACACCGGCUCACAGGUCUGUUCUUUGCUGUGGAACACAAAUGAGCGUGAGCUGCUUAGCUCUCAUGGGUUCACCCAGAAUCAACUUACAGUUUGGAAGUACCCAUCAAUGGUGAAGAUUGCGGAGCUUACUGGUCAUACUUCAAGAGUACUAUACAUGGCUCAGAGUCCAGAUGGCUGUACAGUGGCAUCAGCGGCAGCGGAUGAAACAUUGAGGUUUUGGAACGUUUUUGGGAGUCCUGAGGUGGCAAAGCCUGCACCUAAAUCGAAUCCUGAGCCAUUUUCUAAUGUCAGCUGCAUCAGGUGAUCAUUUAUUUGGUUAGGCAAAUUUGUCAUGGAGAGAAGAUCAACUCAGAGCAAACAUGAUACUCAGGCAAAUUUGUCAUGGAGAGAAGUCAACUAUGCACUUCAUUCCUUAAUUUUGACACAAAAAAUAUGUUCUCACAAAAGAUUUUGCUAGUGUCUCCUCUGCUCUUUUAUUCUUCUCAAUUUACUGAAAAAAAAAAAAAAAAAAAACUUUUGAGUUGCAGGUUAGCCAUCAACAUGUCUCAAGAUAUGAAUGAAAAGGCAAUAGAUAUCGUUGCUGCUGUAAAUCUGACUGAGGAAGGGCUUGUACAAUAAAUGCUGCCCAUCGUACUUCUUUCUCACCUAUUUAUAAAUAAAAUCGUUUUUAUCCA